GGAAAGGGGAUUGUAUUGGCUGGCGUGUUUGAGCCAACCUAAGAUGCGUCCCGUGGUUUAUUUAUCAGAUAGCGGAUCAGGGCUGUUUUUCCCCUGUAAAUACGCCCCAAAUUAAUCAUUUAUGUUGGUUCAUAAGCGUUGAAGUAUUCAUAAGGUACAGGCGACUUCUUCCCGAUAAAGAGGAUUAAACCAGUCAGGGGUCUCAACAUUUGGGCGUUUUUAGUUUUUUUUCCCCUACUUGAAGUGGGAGGGGAGAAGAUUUGGUUCAUUUAAAAGGAUUUUAUAAUCAUGCCACGGGAAUUCACAAGCUGAAUCUAUUAAAGAGCGAUUUAAUCUGUAUACCUAUUACUUCCAUAAGCGAAAACAGUUUUCACGCGUAAUUGAACUUCUAUAGUACAGAUCGGGGAUUUAGAAAAUUUAAUCUGACUUUAUCGGAGCGACGUAACGGCGGAUCUUAAGAAAUUACUUUUGUGAUAAUCAUUUCAAAAUAUUAAGAUAAAGGAGAGAUGUCGUUAUACGUUGAAGGUUUAACCAGCAGGGCCCCCAACAGCGGAAUGGCAGAGUUUCAGGAGGUGAUGCGGAAGGAGCUGGAAGCAUCCAUGCACACGGAGCUGGAGAAGCUGCUGGGCACGACCAAGGGUGCCCAGGCGGAACUUGCCAGAAAGGACUUUGAGGGCUUUAAGAAGAUAUUCCACAGAUUCCUGCAAGCCAAAGGCCCUUCUGUGGACUGGCCGAAGAUUCACAGACCUCCGGAGGAUUCGAUCCAGCCCUAUGAGAAGAUCAAGGCGCGGGGGCUGCUGGACAGCGUGGCGGCUAGCCUGACCAAGCUUGUGGUGGUCAAGCUCAAUGGCGGCCUGGGCACCAGCAUGGGCUGCAAAGGGCCCAAGAGCCUCAUCAGUGUGCGCAACGAGAACACCUUCCUGGACCUGACCGUGCAGCAGAUCGAGCACCUGAACAAAACCUUCAAUGUAGAGGUGCCUCUAGUGUUGAUGAACUCGUUCAACACGGAUGAGGACACCAAGAAGAUCCUGCAGAAGUAUGCACAUCACCGGGUGAAGAUCCACACCUUUAACCAGAGCAGGUACCCGAGGAUCAACAAGGAGUCCCUCCUCCCGGUGGCGAAGGACAUGGGUUUAUCAGGGGAGAACGCAGAGGCCUGGUACCCCCCUGGUCACGGUGACAUCUACGCCAGCUUCUACAACUCGGGCUUGCUGGACCAGCUGAUCGCCGAGGGCAAAGAGUAUAUCUUUGUGUCCAACAUUGACAAUCUGGGGGCCACGGUGGAUUUGCACAUCCUGCACCACCUGAUGAGCCAGCCGAAUGGCAAGCGAUGCGAGUUCGUUAUGGAGGUCACCGACAAGACACGGGCCGACGUCAAGGGUGGGACGCUGAUCGAGUACGACGGCAAGCUCAGGCUGUUGGAGAUAGCACAGGUGCCCAAGGCCCAUGUGGAUGAGUUCAAAUCUGUCACCAAGUUCAAGAUCUUCAACACCAACAACCUGUGGAUCUCCCUACCUGCAAUCAAGAGGCUGCAGGAGAAGAACUGCAUGGACAUGGAGAUCAUUGUGAACCCUAAGACUCUGAACGGCGGACUCAACAUCAUCCAGCUGGAGACGGCGGUUGGAGCAGCCAUCAAGAGCUUCGACAACGCGCUGGGCAUCAACGUCCCACGCAGCCGCUUCCUGCCCGUCAAGACCACCUCGGACCUGCUGCUGGUCAUGUCCAACCUCUACACGUUGGAUGCUGGCUCGCUCACCAUGAGCAAGAAGAGGGAGUUCCCCACAACACCCCAUGUCAAGCUGGGAAGCUCCUUCACCAAGGUUCACGACUUCCUCAUGAGAUUCGAGAGUAUACCAGAUAUGCUGGAACUAGACCACCUGACUGUUUCUGGAGAUGUCACCUUUGGAAAGCAGGUUUCUUUGAAGGGAACAGUUAUCAUCAUAGCCAAUCACGGAGACCGAAUCGACAUUCCGGCAGGCGCUAUGCUGGAGAACAAGAUCGUAUCAGGCAACUUGCGCAUCCUCGACCACUGAGGCCUUUGACCCCCCACUGCUUCAGUCACAUGACUCUGAAAGACCCCAGACUGCUAUGGGGAAGAAAAUCAGUACUACUGUGAAACACAUACUUAAUGUAUUCUUAUAAAUGCAGCCAAAGGUGUUGGGCAGCCAUUGUGUUUGGCACAUGUAUCCAGCUACUAUCUACUCCGGAUUGUUGGUCUCAGUGUUGAUUAAAGUGCAAUAGAGAUACAA